CCCUCCCUUUCUCCGUGCUUUCAGACAGACUGUUUUGCUGCAGUGAACGGUAGCCGUGGAGAGAAGAAAAGGCAAGAAAAACAAGAAGAUAGCGGAGGGCGGAACGAGAACCAAGACAGACAGAUCCAUUGGGACCUUAGCGUGAGCGCCAGCAGGCAUAGACGGGUCCAACACUCCAGAACCGACGGAGUCGACGGGCAUCACGAGGAGCGCUUAUAACGUCAGCGCUACGUAGAGCUUCUCCACUUCUCCGGGUCUCGAGAGGAUUACUGGGUUUAACGCACUGGACGGAUGAGCGGGAUGCGCGCGCGUCAGAGUAUGACAUUCCCCGCGUUGCAGCGGGCCGCUCUCAGGGCGCUCGCGGCCUUGACGAUGCUUCUCGCAACCUCCGUUAGGAGCAACUUCGUUUUCGAUGAUGACCCCUUCCAGCCAGUGACCCAAGAUGAGACGGUGGCAGUGGGUGGGGUGGUGACCCUGACCUGCAAUGUGAAGGAAAAUGAUAACUCCUCUCUCCAGUGGUCCAACACGGCUCAGCAGACCCUGUACUUUGGAGAAAAGAGAGCACUGAGAGAUAACCGUAUCCAGUUGGUAAAGUCCACGGGCACAGAGCUGAUAAUCACCAUCUCGGACGUUCAGCUGUCAGAUGAUGGAGAGUACACCUGUUCAAUUUUCACCAUGCCUGUACGGACUGCACGAGCCACAGUUACUGUACUCGCACCAGCUGCUCCUGGUGUUCCAGGUAAGCCUGUGAUAACAGGUUUUGAAGAUGCUGUUCAGGAGGGCGGCAAGGUUACUUUCACGUGCACGAGUUCAGGCAGCAAACCUCCUGCUAAACUACACUGGUACCGCGAUCAAGAGGAGAUACAAGGGCGUCCUGAUGUAGUGGAGUCUAACCCUGACGAACCGACCUACACAGUAACCAGCGAGCUCACCCUCACUGUCACUAGGAACGAUAACAACGCUCUGAUUGCCUGUGCGGUGGAUCACCCGUCCAUCGCCAAUGGAGACAAGAGGACAGAGCGGCCCCUCAGUGUCUUGUUUUCUCCAAGCGUGUCGAUUCAGCCUGAGAGUGACCUGCCCAGAGAAGGAGAGAAGUUUUUCCUGCAGUGUGUGGGGAACGGAAAUCCAGAACCGACUGCGUUUGUGUGGCGGAGAAAAGACGGAGAGCUCCCCCCGAUGGCAAAGGUGGAUGAUGCGUUCCUGCACUUCGAAUCCCUCAACAAGUCGGAUAAUGGCGUUUAUGAGUGCCAGGCUGAUAACGGGAUCGGAAUGGGGGACGUAACACACACUCUUCUGGUACAAGAAGCCGGAGUGAACGCUGCAGACCCCACAGUGAUAACCACCCCUUCAGGAGUAGACCAUGCUGUGAUUGGUGGAGUGGUUGCUGUUAUUGUCUUCAUCAUGCUUUGUCUCCUCAUCGUCCUCGGCAGAUACCUCAUCAGACACAAAGGUACAUACCUGACUCAUGAGGCGAAAGGUUCCGAUGAUGCUCCUGAUGCAGACACAGCCAUCAUUAACGCUGAGGGUGGCCACUCUGGGAUGGAUGACAAGAAAGAGUACUUCAUCUAGAGAUCCAUCCCUCUGCACCCUCUUCCUUCACACGCUUCAGUUCACUCAGCCUGACAGGGAAAAACAGGGAUGGCAGAAGAGAGAGAAUAUAUGUGAGGAAAAAAAACAAAACAAGUGUUGACCUGUUGGAACUGAAGGACUUUAAAUACGCUACGACACACAGGACAGGGACGUGAGAGUUGGCGCGUGGGCUCAUUUACACACAAACACACACACACACACACACACACAUUAUUUCUUCAUUACCAUAAUGACACAUGAGCAAACACACAUGACGAGACGUAAACAAUAACAACAGGCAAUAUGACAGUGACCACACUUCCCUCGCCUCCCAUGAUUCCUUUCAAACGGUCCAGAUGUACU